AUGAAAUAUAUUAACAAAAUAACAUUAAUAAAAAAUGUGUAUUAUAAAAAUGUACAGUUUAGAAAAAUAUAUUAUAAAAUAAAUAUAGUGGGGGCAUGUAAUAGUGGUAAGUCUACACUAAAUAAUUGUUUACUUGACAAACUGAAUGAAACAUAUAAAAAAUCUGUUAUAAAUGAUAUUGAAAAUUAUUGUAUCCAGAAUAAUGAAAAUUUAAUUACUAUAGAAAAUAAAAAAUGUUUAAUUGUUGAUACUUUGGGAUUGAAUGAGAAAAUGUUAAAAAAGUUAGAAAUAUGGAAAUCUAAAAAUUAUGAUAAAAAUUUUGAAAAUAAUAAUAUAAUAAAAAAUUAUUUUAAUACAAUUAUAAAUAGUAAUUUAAUUUUAUUUCCUGUUAAAAGUUCCGAAAUAAGACAAGCAGAUAUACUUGCUCAUAAUAUAAUAAAAGAUAUAUAUAAACAACAUGAUAAUAUAUUUACAAUAGUUCAAACCAAUUUAAAUGAUAUAUACUUCGAUGAUAUGAAGUAUAAUUUUCUUGAUAUGUAUGAGCAUUUUACAAAUAUUAUUUUUUUUCCAUAUUCUCUAGAUAACCACAAUAAAAAUGCAAACUUAAUUAAUAUAAUAAAAGAGAGAGUUAAUCAAACAAAAAUAGAAACAGACAAAUCUGUGAUUAGAAAUGGUGUAUAUAAAAAUGAGCAAGCCAGUUUUAAAACAGCUAUUUAUGAAGAACCGCCUAAGUCUGAUGAAUAUGAUAUGCACGAGUUUAUCGAAGAUAGUUUGAGAAUAUUUCGGCCAAAUUUAAAUGGGGAAAUAAAGAACUAUUUUUAUAAAUUUAUUGAUUUAAAAAAAAAAGAAAAAUCCAACGACCACCUAUUUAAUGAUUACUUUAGUAAAAAAAUUCUGAACAAGGAAUUAAAAACAAUAAGCCAAGAUGAGUUACAAAAAAAAUAUGCAAACAGAGUGUGUGAGCACUGUGAAGAAGAAAAUAACAACAACGAUUACAACAGUAAUAAUGAUGUUGAUCAGUUAAAUCAAGAAAAGAGGGAUAAAACUUUGAAAGACGAAGGGAAAUGGCUUGAUCCGAAUAAUAUAGAAAAAUGGGUUCAAGAAAAUACUGAAGAUGGAAAAGAAAAAAAAAUAUUAAAAAAAUUAAAAAAUAAAAGAAUGGAAUUGCUUAGAAAAAUUAUUAACAGAGAUAAGGACACAAAUUUGUAUAGUUUGAUAAACUUGGGCAAGAAUCAAAUUUCUAUAAAUCAGGAAAAUGAAAAAAAUAAAAUUUCCAAUGAUGUAACUAGCCAUUAUGUAGAAGAAGAGAAACAAGUUUACCAACCAGGAGAUAGUGAAAAUUAUUUAGAAGAAGACGAUAUUUCAAAAGGUAGUUCAUACAAUGUUUUUGAUGAAAGUAAUAUGGCGAAAGAAGAAAGAACAAACGAUAGGAUAUCUAAAACAGCCAAUUUAGCAGAACAAAAAUCUGAAAAUAAGCCAAGUGAAAUAAAAGUGUGUAUUUUAGGGGAAAAGAAUUGUGGAAAAACAACACUUAUUGAAACAGUUUUAAAAAAAAAUAUAAUAAAUGAAAAUGAUAUAUAUGAAUUAUUUGGAAAAAAAAGAAAAUAUGUAAAUGAAGAUAUGAGUAUAGUAUAUAAAGAUCAAAAGAUAGCAAUUUUAGAUACAUGCAGUUUAAAAAAACAACAUAGAUUUAGAAAUGAGGAUUUAUUUCAUGAUGAAGAAAAUAGAGUAUAUAAUAAUAUUCGUAAAUCUGAUAUAUGUAUAUAUAUUAAAGAAGCAAAAGAUAAUAACAUAUGUCUGAAUAAGGACGAUAAAAAAAUGUUAUUUUAUUUAUUGAAAGAAAAAAAAAAUAUAAUAUUUAUAGUUAGUAAAAUUGAUUUAAUUGUUACAGAUUAUGAAAACAAACGAAGUGAAUUCCUAAAAAGUAUAACAAAUACAUUUAGUGAUAUACCAGUAUUAUUUUUAAAUAAUAACAAUGAUAGUCAUGUUAAUUCAUUACUUAAACUUAUUACACAUAUAAAUAAAAGAAAUAAUAUAACUAUAUCUACAUCGACUUUAAAUUUAUUUCUUAUACAAUUUAUUAAAUUAUUUCCAAUACCUUGGUUAAAAAAACAAAAAUGUAAUUUUAAAUUUAUCAAACAAAUUAGACAGAAUCCAGUUACUUUUCUUAUUUUUACCAACCUUUAUAAAAAUAUACCAAAUAAUUAUUUGACUUUUUUCAAAAAAAAAUUAAAAGAUCAAUUUGAUUUAAAAUAUGUUAAUAUUCAGUUUGUUUUUAAAACUACAUGUGAUAAUAAAAAUGUCAAGAAAAAUCAAAUUAUCAAAUAA